GACAUAUUCCGGGUGUUUUCGAAGACAAAUCUUAAUUUGUCGUGCUCAUUCCAUAUCUUUAAACGAAAUAGCUCUUGAUUUUACAGUGUAUAGUUUUGGUUAUUCGUAUUUGCGUCGUUUAUCUUUAACCACUGCGUUUUCACUGAAAUUUUGUUUGCUUGGGGCCAUAUAGGAUACUCGUUUCACCCACUGUCGACAACUUUAAGUAAGACUGGUUUGAGGACUGGUUUUACUCUACCUGAAUUGUUCCAAAAGGAGUGAAAUCAGAGGAGCAAGGCGGGAAACAAGAAGCACAAAUCGGCAGUUCUCCUUAAAGUCAUGGACCCAAUGGAUGCAGGAAUGCGUUACACUCCGAAGUCUUCGGACAAGGACUGGGACCAAGCAGUCACAUUUCUGCCAGCAACAGAUUCCAAAAAGCUGGAGAAGAAGAAGCGUCCAGGGAAGAUUGGUGCCAUUAUUGGCAUAGUCAUCUUUGCAGCUGUUGUGGCUUUGAUGACAGGACUUCUUGUGUGGCAUUUUCACUUCCGAAAGGACACCAAGGUGAAAAAGAUGUAUGCCGGCUCUAUGAACAUCACAAAUGAAGUCUUUAAGGAUGCUUAUGAGAACCCCAAUAGUACAGAGUUUCAGGCCCUGGCCAAGCAGGUAGUAGCUCAGUUAAGAGAACUCUACUCCAGGAUCCCUCAGCUGUCUAAAUAUUAUGUUGAUUCUACAGUGCAAGCCUUCAGUGAAGGCAGUGUAAUAGCAUAUUAUCUGUCAGAGUUCCAUGUUCCAGCGUCACAGGAAACUGCUGUGGAUAACGCCAUGAAGACCACGGAUGAAAUGUUAAACAAGCACAAGGAGCGGCGUCUAAAAGACCCAACAGGAAAUCUGAUGUUUAGUAGAAUAGAUACUUCAGCUUUAGAUUCACGGAUGUUUGGAAAACCUUCGUAUUACAAGUAUGCUGUGCACACCAGGCCUAAUGAAGUCAUUGAUAUCAUGUCACCUGGGUUUCCUAACUACCCAUACCCACAAAAUACGUUUGCGCAGUGGCAGUUACGAGCUGACCCUGGCCACGUCAUCAAGCUGGAAUUCACUACUUUCAAUAUGGAGGAAAACUGCAAGAAUGACUUCAUGAAAGUGUAUGACUCGCUGGUGGCAGUUGAGAGCCGGCUCAUGGCUGAGAAAUGUGGACACUACUCUCCCAAUAACCCUCUCAGCUUCAUCUCCUCUGGAAAUGUGAUGCUGGUGAUUCUGGUGACCAAUGAACUAGGGGACUAUCCUGGUUUCAGAGCACAAGUGUCUCAGGUGUCUGGGGGCAGUACUAGAGCAGUGUCAUGUGGUGGAACUCUGACAGGAACUUCUGGGAGCUUUACAUCACCAAAUUAUCCGAAAUAUUAUCCACCGCUUAUGAGGUGUGAAUGGAAGAUCCAGGUGCCAUCUAAUAUGCAUGUGAAGCUGGUCUUCUCUAAAUUCAUGAUGUCCCUCGGUGGGAACUGUUUGAACGAUUAUGUCCAGGUCAAUAAUGAAAAGCUUUGUGGUGAACUGCCUUCUACCACCAUGCGGGCCAGCACCUCAAACCAAAUGACUGUAGUUUUCCACUCUGAUGCAUCAUAUGUCGAUCGAGGCUUUAUUGCAAACUUCAUGGCCUUUGAGCCCAGUAACCCAUGUCCUGAUAAGUUCCUGUGCAGCAAUAAACGCUGUGUCAGUCCUGCCCUGCGCUGCGAUGGCUGGAACGACUGUGGAGACAGUAGUGAUGAGAGGAAUUGCAACUGUAACGCUGACAUGAUCAGCUGUAGGAAUGGUCUGUGUAAGCCAAUGUUCUGGAAAUGUGAUGGCGUUGAUGAUUGUGGAGACAAAACUGAUGAAAUGAAUUGUGCUACCUGUAAAGAAGGACAGUUUACAUGUGGAAAUGGUGUCUGUAUCUCAGAGAAACAAAGGUGUGAUGGGAAAAGGGACUGUGAUGACAAGUCCGACGAAGCAGACUGUGGAAGAAGCUCUAUAUGUCUGGAAACUAAUUUCCAGUGCAGCAAUGGCCAGUGUAUCACUAAGCAAAACCCAGAGUGUGAUGGAGAGAAGGACUGUGCCGACGGGUCUGACGAGGACAAGUGUGAUGUAUGUGGAAUGCGUCCUUUUAAGACCUCACGUAUUGUGGGUGGGCAGGAUGCAACGGAGGGGGAGUGGCCAUGGCAGGUCAGCCUUCAUAUCAAAAACUCUGCACAUGUGUGUGGAGCAUCAAUCAUCAGUGACCGCUGGUUAGUAACUGCUGCUCACUGCGUACAAGACGAACCCAAAAUUAGGCUCUCUCAGCCAAGCUCAUGGGAGGUAUAUCUGGGGCUCCAUACACAAAAGCAGAUGGAUAAAGCAGAAAAGCGUUACAUAAAGAGGAUCAUUGCUCACCCCAAUUACAAUGAAUAUACCUUUGAUUAUGACAUAGCUCUCAUGGAACUGGACAGAGCUGUCACUUUCAGAGACACCAUCCGGCCCGUCUGUUUGCCAUCCUCCUCUUAUGUCUUCCCUGUGGGCAAAACGGUGUGGAUCACCGGCUGGGGGGCCACCAGAGAAGGAGGCUCUGGUGCAACAGUGCUGCAGAAAGCAGAAGUUCGCAUCAUUAACAGCACAGUAUGUGAUACCCUGAUGAAUGGGCAGAUCACUUCUCGCAUGACGUGUGCUGGAGUUCUAGCAGGAGGGGUGGAUGCCUGUCAGGGUGACUCAGGUGGUCCUCUGUCCAGCUCUAAUGACGCUGGGCGAAUGUUUCUGGCAGGCGUGGUGAGCUGGGGCGAUGGAUGUGCCCGUAGAAACAAACCUGGAAUUUACACCACUGUCCCCAAAUUCCGUGCCUGGAUUAAAGAGCAAACAGGAGUAUAAUUGCGGAGGGAAAAAAAAGACUGUGGGUAUUUUAGGAGAACAGAGUUACCAGGACUUCAGUGAAGCACAUCGAUCAUAUAAUGUUAUUUGUUCUGUUUAUGUGCCUGAGAGGACAAAUGGAGAAAGAACUAACAAGCUGUUUAGAGAUGUUUGAUAUUGAGGCUGUCUCUGAAAUUAGGUCAGUGUUGUAUUUGACCCACAGCAUGAUGAGCCUGUGUCUAUGAAACCGGGUUUUUUAAUCUUCCCUGCCCCAAAAUGUAUAUAACAGUCUCUUUGUUAGUUUAAAUGUUAUACAGCAUAGAGAACUGUUUUAAAUUUGUAUAUUUAAUGAAGUGAAGUACCAGGCUAUGUUUUUACUGUAAAUAGAUUUCUAAUUUCUUCUUUUAAAUGUGUUUCAUAAUAAUGAAUUGCUUGGAAAACACUACUAUUUGAUGUGCGCUUUGUAGAUAUUAACAGUUCAUAGGUAGGAUUAUAUAGUAUAAUUUCUUUAUUUCUAACACUCUGGGAUCCCUAAAUACACAAAAUACACACUAAAAUGUGAAUAGUGAUUUUUCUUCUUUCUGUCUCAUUCUGUUUUUUGUUUGUUUAUUUGUUUUUAUAAAUGAUUUAUAACCAGAACAAUACUGGCCUAAUGUUCUUUAAAAGUUGGAUUAAUGUGCCAUUUUUGGGUGAUUUGUGAUUUUAAGAAAUGUGUUCACUUGUUUAGUUUUUGUUUGUUUUAUUUUAAUAUAAUUUUCUUUUAUUUAUCAUUAAUUUCUUCAGGUUCUAAUUCUAAAUGCCAAAAUUACUGUUUUUCUUAAAAUGUACUUGCUUUGCACAAGUAUUUUAAAACCAUGUACCGUAAUAAAUGAAGCAUUGUCCUUUUAUUUGUUCUGAAAUUUGAUUGGGAACACCUGAGUCAGGGGUGUCCAAUCUUAUCCACAAAGGGCCAGUGUGGGUGUACGUUUUCAUUCCAAUUAAGCAAGAGCCACACCUGCUUGGUUGGAAAGAAAACUAGCAUCCACACUAGCCCUUUCCGGAGGAUUGGACACCCUGUCCUAAGUCCUAAGGCAGAUGUGGCUGCAGGCUUUCAUUCUAGCCAAACAGGCGGCACACUUGAUCGUUGAUUGGAGCCCAAGAUGAACUGAUUAAACAACUGGAAACAGGUGUGACUCCUUCCUGGUUGGAAUGAAAGCCUGCAGCCACACCAGCCCUUUGUGGACAAGGGAAGAAGACUCCUGUCCUAUGGCAUAAAAACACUGCAUCUGGAUAUGCAAGACAACCUUCUUCUUCUUCUUCUUCUUUUUUUAAACUCUAUUGGAUCUCUAGAUCUUGAUCAGACUUGGUAGAUGUACCACAAGGAUACAGGAGAUUUCAGCAUUUCAAAGACCUCUCUUUGGACAGUUGUCAUAAAAUUUGUCAGCACGAUAUCAGACAAGAUGAGCUAUACUUUGUAAAUGCAAUAAUCACCAGGGGCAGUGUAAAACACCCUGAAGUGUGUAUGCACACUCAUUCUGAGUUCUUUCAUCAAAGUCAUGUAGUGAUGUAUCAUGCAGUAUAUGCAAUAAAUGCUGUCAUACAGCAAUCAUACCCUU